AUGCAAGUGGAGCCACCCCCAAAAACUCCUGACAUUCCUUCCAAUCAAUCAUCUGACCUUUCCUCUUUCAAGGAAAAGCUACUGGCUAAUGACCACGAGAAAAGCUUUUCUUUGUCCUCAACUCCCCCUCGUUUACUACCUAUGGCUAUUGAUUCCAACGAGGCGGAUCUGGAAAAACCACUUACAGAACAGGAAAACAAUCACCUGGUCCAAAUAAGUGGAGAAGACAAGCAACGUAUAUACUACCCUUGGAGGUACUCAGUAAUAAUUAAACUCCAAGAGAAAAAAAUCCUUCAUCAAGUACUUAAACGGAAAAUCUCGCCCUCAGAGGACCUCUCUCUCAUAGAUCUGGGAGAAGGCUAUUACACAGUUAAGUUUAAUAAGGAAGAAUACAUGGCAACAGCCCUGCAAAAAGGCUCCUGCUUCAUAUUUGGCACCUUCUUAUCAGUACAACGUUGGGAGCCCAAUUUUGUGCCAUCAAGAGCAAAACAAACACUUACUGCUAUCUGGGUAAGAUUGUCAGAAUUACCCACAGAAUUUUACGAUGUAAUGAUCCUAACUAAAGUUGGAAAUACAAUAGGACGACUUCUCAAAGUGGAUGCAUGCACCUCUGCAGCCCGUCGUGGACGGUAUGCUAGAAUAUGCUAG